AUGAUAUUUGCGAUCAGAAUGCUGUUGCUGCUGCUUCUCCUGCAGCUUCCUGGCAUGGUGCCCCAAGUGCAUACUGUUGUUUGCAGUGGAACUAACCCUGUGGAUAUUACACAUGAGUGGUAUGAAGGAGGUGACCUGGUAAUUGGUGGGAUAGCGUCUCUUAUCCGUUACAUGUCCCCUAACCUUUCCUUCAAGACACACCCUUCUCAGGUCUUUAUUGACAUCCCAGUGGUAAUAACAAAGUACUACCAACACAUCGUCGCCUUGGUGUUUGCUGUUGAUGAGAUCAAUGAGAAUCCCAAGAUCUUGCCCAAUGCCACUCUUGGAUUCCACAUCUAUGAUAACUAUUUUGAUUCAAGGAUGACCUACCAAACCACUCUGGAUCUGCUCUUUAAAUCACAUCACUUUGUCCCCAACUACAUAUGUGGCAUUCAGAAAAAUGUAGUAGGAGUCAUUGGAGGACUUAGCUCUGACACCUCUUCAUCCAUGGCGGAUGUCUUAGGUCUUUACAAGAUUCCACAGAUUUCAUAUGGUUCAUUUCAACAAGCCAUGAAUGAUCAUAUCAAAUUCUCUUCCUUUUACCGCAUGGUCCCUAAUGAAGGACUUCAGUAUCAAGGAAUUAUCCAGUUACUUUUGUAUUUCGGAUGGAAAUGGGUUGGGCUCAUCACUCCAGAUAAUGAAGCUGGAGAACGUUUCUUACAGACUAUUGAGUCAAUGCUUUUCAAAAAUCAGAUCUGUUCAGCAUUCACAGAAACGAUGGAGUACCAUGUGCAUAUCAACAUCAACAUGCUUGAUAUGUUGGGUGAUGCAGUGCAUUUCUCAAAGCUAAUCAGAGGAGCUUUCAUAACGAGCAAAGCAAAUGCUGUUGUUAUAUAUGGAGAAAGUCGAUCUAUUCCAUGGCUGUUAAAUGCUGCAAAGAUAGUGACAGUAACUCAGCUAAUACUUCCUCAAUAUAUUAAGUUACCUGAAGGAAAAGUGUGGAUUACAACAGCUCAGAUCAAUUUCAUAUUAGAUAUGUUUCAAAAAGGUUUUGACUAUAACUUACAAAUGUUCUAUGGUGCUAUCUCCUUUGCUAUCCACUCCAAGGAGACUCACAGCUUCCAAGACUUUCUUCAGCAUCUCCACUCAUUCCUGAAGAGGAUCUCAUUCAACAACAGUGCUGGUGAUGAAAUCACAUUAAAUGAAUACGGAGAGUUAGCAGCUGGCUUCGAUAUUACAAAUUUAGUCACUUUCCGAAACAAAUCAUAUGUCAGGGUCAAAGUGGGGAAGCUGGAUCCUCAGUCCCCUCCUGGCAAAGAGCUCACCAUUAAUGCGGAAAGAAUCAAAUGGCAUAGUGGCUUCACUCAGGAACCACCGCUUUCAUUGUGUAAUGCCAACUGCCGUCCUGGUUAUGGGAAGAGAAAGAAGGAGGGGGAGAAGUUUUGCUGUUAUGAUUGUGAUCCGUGUCCACAUGAGAUGUUCUCAAAUGAGAAAGAGAUGGAAAUAUGUGUCAGGUGCCCUGCAGGUCAGUAUCCAAAUGACGACCAGGAUCAAUGCAUUUCAAAGACACCAAAUUUCCUGGGCUUUGAUGAAACUUUGGCCAUUGUUUCAACUUUCUCUGCGCUUUUAUUCUCUCUGAUCACAAUUCUUGUGCUUGGCAUCUUCAUUAAGCACAGGGACACUGCCAUCGUCAAAGCCAACAAUAGAAGCCUCACCUACAUUCUCCUACUCUGCCUCCUCUUGUGUUUCCUCUGCUCUUUGAUGUUCAUUGGAACACCUAAGGAGGCAACCUGUCUUCUACGACAAACCAGUUUUGGCAUCGUCUUCUCUGUAGCCCUCUCCAGCAUCUUGGCCAAAACCAUAUCGGUGGUUUUGGCAUUCAUGGCUACCAAGCCAGGAUCCACAAUCAGGAGAUGGGUAGGCAAAAAACUGGCGUAUUCCAUUGUCCUCUCCGGCUCCAUUGUUCAAGUAGGAAUCUGUGUUUUCUGGCUGGCAACCUCUCCCCCAUUCCCAGAUGUGGACAUGCACUCAAUGACAGAAGAAAUCAUAUUUCUUUGUAAUGAAGGGUCAGUCCUCAUGUUCUACUGUGUUUUGGGCUACAUGGGCUUUCUGGCCUCUGUCAGCUUCACUGUGUCCUUCCUAGCCAGGAAGUUGCCAGACAGCUUCAAUGAAGCCAAGUUCAUCACCUUCAGCAUGCUGGUCUUUUGCAGUGUUUGGCUUUCGUUUGUUCCAACUUAUCUGAGCACCAAAGGGAAAUACAUGGUGGCUGUGGAGAUCUUCUCCAUCUUGGCUUCUAGUUCUGGAUUACUGGGUUGCAUCUUUUUCCCAAAAUGCUACAUUAUUGUGGUGAGGCCUGAGCUGAAUAACAGAGAGCAGCUGAUACGGAGAAAGAUAUAA